AUGCCGAUAGCUGGGCCAAGCCGGCUGAUCACAAGAGCAGCCCGCUCUGCUAGCAGAACAACUCCAUCAAGCAUACGAUUACCCAGACAGCUGCGGCUCUUGUCGCGCUCAACUUUGUCCGCCAAACCAUUGACAGCGCCAACAGAGGUAUCGCCGGGCACACUUCAGCCGUACAUGGCAGAGAGCGCCGCUUUAACCUCCAAUCUGGCGUCGCACCAACGAGCUCGUCAAAGAAUCUCGGACAUCGACGCGCAGCUCGAACCACCAUCCCCCUCUCACUUUCUCCGCGACCGUCAUUCUCGACAGCACACCUACCUUCGCAUCUCGUUGACGGAAAAGUGCAACUUACGAUGCCUCUACUGCAUGCCCGAAGAUGGCGUACCUCUCACGCCACAUGCAAAUCUUCUUUCCACGUCCGAGGUCCAACGCCUUGCGACGCUCUUCGUCUCGCAAGGUGUCAACAAGAUUCGAUUGACAGGUGGAGAGCCCACCAUUCGCUCAGAUCUGCCCCAGAUCGUCACCUCACUCAAUACACUCAAGCAGCACGGGCUUGAGCAGAUCGGCAUCACCACCAACGGCAUCGCACUUGGCAGGCGCAAGCUCGAUACACUCGUUAACAACGGUCUCACUCAUCUCAAUGUCUCGUUGGACACUCUCGACCCGUUCAAAUUCGAGUUCAUGACGAGAAGAAGAGGCCACCAAGCUGUCAUGGAUUGCAUCGAGAGGGCCCUCGCACUAGGUGUCUCCAGCGUCAAAAUCAAUGUGGUCGUCAUCAAAGGUCUCAACGACACAAAGGAUGUCGCUGACUUUGUGCGCUAUACCAAAGACAAGCCUAUCACCAUCCGCUUCAUCGAGUACAUGCCCUUUGACGGAAACAAGUGGCAGGUCCAAAAGCUCGUGCCCUACCGUGAUCUCGUCAGGACAAUCCAAACAGAGUUCCCUGAUUUCGAGCGUGUCACAAGCCGCGACGAUCCCAACGAUACCUCCAAACACUGGCAUGUGCCCGGUCAUCAAGGCACCGUCGGCUUCAUCACCAGUAUGACGGAUAAUUUUUGUGGUACGUGCAACAGACUCCGCGUUACUGCGGACGGCAAUCUCAAGGUCUGCCUCUUUGGCAACGCCGAAGUUAGCCUUCGUGAUGCGAUGCGAACCGGCUUUGGCCCCAUCGCUUCUCUCAGCACAGGCUCAAAUGGCGCACCCGCGACGGACGAUCAGCUGUUGCAACUGAUUGGAGCUGCCGUGGGUCGCAAGCAUGCUAAACAUGCUGGGAUGCGUGAUCCCACCGAGUUGGCCAAUCGGACUCUUUCACGCCGCGAUCUGCAUUCAGUACAGCUUGAAGCGCAGGCCUUGCUCACCUCCUCGCUCCUCUUUCUACCCUUCGAAAAUUCAGGAUCAAACAAGCCGAGCAGUACGAGACCUGGCGUGUUCAUGAGACGCAGCAGCCUGCCUGAAGCGACAGGCUUUCACAGCAGAGUUUUGGCCAUCAAAAGGGCGUUCCACUCCUCAGCAGGCAGGCAACGAGAGCAUCAGUACGAUCGAAAUAAUGAGGACGACGACAACCCUUGGGGCGAUCUUGACAAGGCCUUCGAGAACCUCGCAGAUAAAUCUCUAUACAAGCAAGUCUACCACAAGCAUCCGUCUGUCGAUGCCACUGCAGAACUUCCGGAACCGUCACAGGCCAAGUCAAGCGCAGCCAAGCAUCCAAUCUCUGAGAUGGAAGAGGCCAUCUUUGCUCAAGCAGGUGCUGCGGCUGUCAAAACCAUGUCUCGACGAUCACACAUUGCAGACAUGGGUGCAGUGUCAGGUGUAAGAUUUUCAGAUGCACCACCUUCGGUGCCAUCGCGCGUCGGAUUGCCAGCAAAUUACGGUGGAAGCGAUGAUGCCUUUGGUUUGCAAGCAGCUCCAAGAACAAGUGCCAAGUGGUCCGAAUACAUGCAAAACAGUAGCGAGGACGAUGACUCGCCUUGGUCAUCACUGGAUGCGUUUGUGGACAAUCCCGACUCGUCGGCGCAAUUUGCAGUGCCUUUGCCGCUGCAACAUCAGCAGGAUGUCAUGCAGCUAAGCGCACAGCACUACAACCAGCAAGAUCAAGUCCCGCGGCAGCAGUAUCACGAGCAUUCCAGCUCGCAGCAACUGAAGAUCAAUUCGAAAGAAGCAUUCGCUGCCAACGACGAUUUGCUGCGCCAACAGCUCGAACUGCAAACAUAUCAGACCGGAUCUCUAGAAGAAGCCGAGUUCGCUCGAGCAGGUGCAGCCGCAGUAACUCAGCUGUUCAACGACGCACCUGUGCCCACUCGACCCGCUGCGGACGAACAAAACUCUCACCGAUUGUCGCACAUCGACCCGGCCACCGGAUCGGCCUCGAUGGUGGACGUAUCUGCCAAGCUCUCCACGUCGCGUUCGGCUACGGCUGUAGGUCGAGUCUACAUGCCUCACUCUGCCGCCAUUUUGCUGCGCGCCACCGAGACGCAACAAGGCAUCUCUGGAAAAGGCCCUGUGCUACACACUGCACAACUAGCAGGCAUCAUGGCAGCAAAGCGUACCGCCGAGUUGAUCCCAUUGUGCCACCCAUUGCCGCUUACGCACGUCGAGGUAAAGCUCGAUAUCAACGCUUCCACCGAGCAGGCAGACGAGAUCAGCUGGAUCACGGUUGAGUGUACGGCAAGGACCGAGGGUCAGACUGGGGUCGAGAUGGAAGCACUCACGGGUUGCACGCUGGCCUGCUUGACCGUGUGGGAUAUGGUAAAGGCGGUUGCGGGCAAGACAAUGAGGAUCGGUGAGAUCAUGGUGAUCAGCAAACGUGGUGGUAAGAGCGGCGAUUGGGAGCGUAGCGUUUGA